GCCCGGCAGCAUGGCGGCGGCGGCGGGUGCCCCUCAGCCGGGUCCGCCGCAGCCGCCUCCGCCGCCGCCGCCUGAGGAGUCGUCCGACAGCGAGCCCGAGGCGGAGCCCGGCUCCCCGCAGAAGCUCAUCCGCAAGGUGUCCACGUCGGGCCAGAUCCGCCAGAAGACCGUCAUCAAAGAGGGGAUGCUGACCAAACAGAACAAUUCAUUCCAACGAUCAAAAAGGAGAUACUUUAAGCUUCGAGGGCGAACGCUGUACUAUGCAAAAACUGCCAAGUCGAUCAUAUUUGAUGAGGUGGACCUGACAGACGCCAGUGUGGCUGAAUCCAGCACUAAAAAUGUCAACAACAGCUUUACGGUCAUCACUCCAUGUAGGAAACUCAUCCUAUGUGCAGAUAACAGAAAAGAGAUGGAAGACUGGAUCGCAGCGCUGAAGACGGUCCAGAGCAGGGAGCACUUUGAGCCUACCCAGUACAGCAUGGACCACUUCUCAGGGAUGCACAACUGGUACGCCUGCUCCCACGCGAGGCCCACCUACUGCAAUGUGUGCCGAGAGGCUCUGUCUGGGGUCACGUCCCACGGACUGUCCUGUGAAGUGUGUAAGUUUAAGGCCCACAAACGCUGUGCUGUGCGUGCGACCAGUAACUGCAAGUGGACCACGCUGGCCUCCAUCGGGAAGGACAUCAUCGAGGACGAGGACGGGAUCGCCAUGCCUCACCAGUGGCUGGAGGGGAACCUGCCCGUGAGCGCCAAGUGCACAGUGUGUGACAAGACCUGUGGCAGCGUGCUGCGUCUUCAGGACUGGCGCUGCCUCUGGUGCAAGGCCAUGGUGCACACGGCGUGUAAAGAAUCCUUACUGACCAAGUGCCCGCUGGGCCUGUGCAAAGUGUCGGUCAUCCCGCCCACCGCUCUCAACAGCAUCGAUUCUGAUGGCUUCUGGAAGGCCACGUGUCCUCCAUCCUGCACGAGUCCAUUGUUGGUCUUCGUCAAUUCAAAAAGUGGGGACAACCAGGGUGUGAAGUUCCUCAGAAGAUUUAAGCAGCUGCUGAACCCUGCCCAGGUCUUUGACCUCAUGAAUGGAGGACCACACCUUGGCCUACGCUUAUUCCAGAAGUUUGAUACGUUCCGGAUUCUGGUUUGUGGUGGAGAUGGCAGUGUUGGUUGGGUCCUCUCUGAAAUCGACAGCCUCAACCUUCACAAACAGUGUCAGCUGGGAGUGCUGCCCCUCGGCACAGGGAAUGACCUGGCUCGCGUGUUAGGCUGGGGCUCGGCCUGUGACGAUGACACCCAGCUCCCGCAGAUCUUGGAGAAGCUGGAAAGAGCCAGCACCAAGAUGCUGGACAGGUGGAGCGUCAUGGCCUACGAGACAAAACUCCCCCGGCCAGCCUCCUCUUCCACUGUCACCGAAGACUUGAGUGAGGGCUCCGAGGUGCAGCAGAUCCUCUUCUAUGAAGACUCGGUCGCGGCCCAUCUCUCUAAGAUCCUGACCUCCGACCAGCACUCGGUGGUGAUCUCAUCAGCCAAAGUGCUCUGCGAGACCGUGAAGGACUUCGUGGCUCGGGUGGGGAAGGCCUACGAGAAGACCACCGAGAGCUCAGAGGAAUCGGAGGUCAUGGCCAAGAAGUGCUCUGUCCUGAAAGAGAAGCUGGAUUCUCUCCUCAAGACCCUGGAUGACGAGUCCCAGGCCUCGUCCUCUCUGCCUACGCCGCCCCCCACCAUCGCCGAGGAGGCGGAAGACGGGGAGGGGGCGGGCGGCAGCUGUGGCUCCAGUUCCACCGGGGACCGUGCCGUGGGGUCGGCCUGCCCAGCCCGGCCGCAGAUAUUCCGUCCUCGGGAGCAGCUCAUGCUGAGAGCCAACAGCCUGAAGAAGGCGAUUCGCCAGAUCAUAGAGCACACAGAGAAAGCUGUGGACGAGCAGAACGCCCAGACCCAAGAGCACGAGGGGUUCAUCUUAGGUCUCUCCGAGUCGGAGGAGAAGAAGGACCUGAAGUCGGACGACAGAGCGUGCCACGGCGAGGGCCACGGCGAGGGCCACGGCGCUGCCAAGGGCAGGAGCCUCCGCAGAGUGUCCAAAUCCCCGUGUGAAAAGCUGAUAAGCAAAGGAAGCUUGUCCCUGGGCGGUUCUGCCUCUCUUCCUUCACAGUCAGGAAACCGGGACAGCCUGCCAGCACUGAACACGAAGAUCCUGUUCCCCAAUGUUCGCGCCGGGAUGUCUGGUUCCUUGCCUGGAGGUUCAGUCAUCAGUCGAUUAUUAAUUAAUGCUGAUCCCUUUAACUCCGAACCAGAAAACCUAGAGUAUUACACAGAGAAGUGCGUCAUGAACAAUUAUUUUGGCAUCGGCCUGGAUGCGAAGAUCUCCCUGGACUUCAACAACAAGCGUGACGAGCACCCAGAGAAGUGCAGGAGUCGAACCAAGAACAUGAUGUGGUACGGAGUCCUCGGCACCAGAGAGCUGCUGCACAGAACCUACAAGAACCUGGAGCAGAAGGUCCUGCUGGAGUGUGACGGGCGACCCAUCCCACUGCCCAGUCUCCAGGGAAUUGCUGUCCUCAACAUUCCCAGCUAUGCUGGAGGGACCAACUUCUGGGGGGGCACCAAGGAGGACGAUACCUUUGCAGCCCCGUCGUUCGAUGACAAGAUCUUGGAGGUGGUCGCGGUGUUCGGCAGCAUGCAGAUGGCCGUCUCCCGUGUCAUAAAGCUGCAGCAUCACCGCAUCGCUCAGUGUCGCACGGUGAAGAUCUCCAUCCUGGGGGAUGAGGGCGUACCUGUGCAGGUGGACGGAGAGGCCUGGAUCCAGCCGCCAGGGUACAUUCGGAUUAUCCACAAGAACCGGGCACAGACGCUCACCAGGGAUCGGGCCUUUGAGAACACCCUGAAGUCCUGGGAGGACAAGCAGAAGUGUGAGCUGCCCCGCCCUCCAUCUUUCUCUCUGCACCCGGAGAUCCUGUCCGAGGAGGAAGCCAACCAGAUGGACCAGUUUGGGCAGGCAGCGGGGGCCCUCAUCCACAGCGAGGCGACUCGCAGGCUGCUGCUCUUCGGUCUGAUGAGCGCCGUGUCUCCCUCCAGCAUCCGGGAAGCAGCGCGGUCCCACCGAGACGUGGAGCAGGAGCUCGCCCACGCCGUCAACGCCAGCUCCAAGGCCAUGGACCGGGUGUACGGCAAGCCCAGGGCCGCAGAGGGGCUGAGCUGCAGCUUCGUGCUGGAGAUGGUGAAUAACGUCAGAGCUCUGCGCAGCGAGACGGAGCUGUUGCUGGCGGGGAAGCUGGCCCUGCAGUUGGAUCCCCCUCAGAAGGAACGGCUCACGGCUGCCCUCGUCGAGAUGGACCAGCAGCUCAGGAAGCUGGCGGACACCCGCUGGCUGUGCCAGCCCGUGGAGCCUGGUGAUGAAGAGAACGUGAUGCUGGAUCUUUCCAAGCGCAGCCGCAGCGGUAAAUUCCGCCUGGUGACCAAGUUUAAGAAGGAGAAGAAUAACAAGAACAGAGAAGCUCGCAGCAGCCUGGGAGCCCCGGUUCACCUCUGGGGCACAGAGGAGGUUGCUGCCUGGCUGGAGCACCUCAGUCUCUGUGAGUAUAAGGACAUCUUCACGCGGCACGACAUCCGGGGCUCAGAGCUCCUGCACCUGGAGCGGAGGGACCUCAAGGACCUCGGCGUGACCAAGGUGGGCCACAUGAAGAGGAUCCUGUGUGGCAUCAAGGAGCUGAGCCGCAGCACCCCUGCCGCCGAGGCCUAGCCUCCGCCCUCUGGGCCUGCGUCCCCCGCGCCUCCCGCGACUGAGCCGGCUCGGCGCCGCUCAUGGUGCUACUCCCGCCGACCCGGCCCGGCGGCCUGGGCCCCGGGUCCCGACCCGCAACACAGCUACCUUCCAGCCGACGCCGCCUCCCGCCCUGUCCCGGGCCUGGGCCCCUCCGUGUGCCCUCAGCGGCGCAGCGCGGGUAACCGUCUCCCGCCCCUGCCGGCCCGGGCUGUGUCCCCGCGCGUCUGAGUGCCCUGGUGUGAGCGCGGCCUGGCUGCCUUCCGUCCCGCCGGUUCAUUUUGACACGAAGGCGACGCUGGGUGCCCCUGAAGCCGAGCAGACGGUAGUUAGGGUCUGGGGCUGACGAGCUCGCGCCCCGACCGUCUUGGCCCCUCGUCCCUGGGCCGCGGGCGCGGGGUCCCCUCUGUGCCCAGGACGCCUGGCCUGUCGUCUCCCCGCCGACAGAGGCUGGUCCGUGUUUUCUGUGUGGAGGAGGCUUCCCGGGCUGCCGAGGGCGUCAGGGGCCGCCCAGAGUUUCUCACCCCGGGGCGGAGCCGCCAGGUCAGCGUCCCUCCGCGGGGACGAAGCUGAGCCGGAAACGGACCCGGCGGUACCCCGGUCCUCACCGCCUGGCACUUGGCCCUUUUCUCCGCUUCUGCCUCCCGGGGGCUGUGCGCCGCCGUCCCGAGGGGCCCGGGAGCGGGGGCGCUGUCGUCCCGAGGGGUCCAUGGGGCGCGCGGCGGAGCAUUGACCUGCCGCUCGCUUCGCACACGCUCUGCCGGCUCCCCGCCGGCGGCGCAGUCGGCCGCUGCCUCCGGCCGGCGGGGGCUCCCACUGGCGGGCCUCCCGGCGCUGAGCUCGGCCGAGGCCCUGCCCCAGGCCAGCUUGUCCCCGCGGGCGGGGUGGCCGCGACCCACCCAGCGGUAGUGUCCCUCUCCGCGCCCCCGAGGUUCCCGCCCAUCAGAGCCUCCGCUGCGGGUGGAGGGAGGUGGAGGAAACCCAGUCACAAGUCCCUGGGUUUCAAAGUAGAACAGGCUAGCCCGGCCCGCGGUGCCAGACGCCGUCUGCUCUGUUGCUUCGGGCCGGGGGCACCCUGGGCUCUGAGGCCUUCAGGCCGACGCACAGGAGGGGACUCGGCGGAGGAGGGCGCACGUGGGGUUUGGUGGCCGGUGCUACGGGGCCACCGUGGCCCUCAGCGCCCUCCCUUGGGAAAGCCUUAGGUUUAGGUCAAGCGUGGUGUUUAAAGGUAACGUGGUCAGUGAUUAGAGCAACACUGUUUACGUGAAACCACUUUCUGAGGGUAGUGAGAGCGAGUGGAAUAAGCACGAGCGGUGCGCGCGGCCGCGUUUGCAGGGCGGCGGCCCACGCGCAUUGUGGUGCGUGUUGCUGCGCGUGGGGCUGCCCUCUGGGCCCCCGCCCCCGCCGUGAGGCUGGACGGCUGUCCCUCGGGGGUCCCCGGGGUCUCACGGUCCUGUCAGUGUAGAGGGAGGGAGGAGGGAUCCCUGGAGUCUUGGAGAAAAGGUUUUGUGCCCUCUGGUGGGGCUUCCCCCAUAUUUAUGAUCUUAAUUUAUACAGCUCCCACCGUGGAAGCAAACGCCUCCUGUAUCGCUAUGUACAUAUCCACAUCUGGAGUUGUAAAUACGUUGUUCUGUGUAUAAAUAAAACAAGCCUGUUUUUGAUCUUUCA